AUGGAUACCUGUGGAGGAGAAACGAAGGAGAAAGUGAAGGAUACAGCGCGAACCCCCGCCGGCCCAAGACAGAUCUUGUGUGUGUUGAUAGUAGCUUGCUUGCCAACCCUCAAUGGCAUGAUAAGUGGGUGGACGGCGGUGCUGCCCAAGCUGCAAGAAGACACGACCAGAUUCACGGUUACCGUUCAGGAUGUGACUUGGUUAGGACUUGUUGGUGUCAGAGCGUCCUUAAACUUAGUAGUAAGCAUUGGAGCCAGUCCUUUGGCCGGAACCCUGGGGGAACACGUGGGUCCUUGCCGUCUCCUGUUCCUGGCGAUGUGCCCCGUGCCCGGUUUGUGGUUUAUACAGGCAUAUACGCCGUGGGUCCCUCUGCUGUACGUGUGCCGAGCUGCACUGGCGGUCAGCACAUCUGUCUUUUCCACAAUAGUACAACCGCUGAUCGCUGAGUUGUCCCCCGUCAAGAUCAGGGGCUUGGCAGGGACCUUGCCUGCGGUAAUGGCCUGUGCUGGGAUGCUGCUCUCCUACGUCUUGGCUUACCUGUUGCCUUGGGACGUUGCCACGGCGGUGUCGGCCGCCCCCUUCAUGCCGCUGGUCUUGCUCAUGCUUCUCGUGCCUGAAUCGCCAUAUUGGCUGGUGAGAAAGAAGAGGAUCGACGCAGCCGAGAGGUCCUUGCGAGUCCUGCUGGGUCACACCGCUGACGUCACGAAGGAACUGGACGCCAUCAGGAGCACCACGACCCUCAAGCAGGCCAAUGUCAUGAACCAGCUGCAAGAGCUUCGCCGAGGUCGUAACAUCCGCCCCGUGGUGCUGAUCACUGCUCUGUUCAUCCUGAGGGAACUCGGUGGCAAAGCCCCUGUCUUUAGCUACACCGUCUACAUGUUUCGCAGCGCAGAGGUAGAGCUGGACGCCUUCUACUGCACAGUGUUCGUCGGUUUGACCCGUUUUGGCGGUACAUUAAUGUCGGCUUUCAUCUUGGAUUGCCUUGGCCGAAAGCCGGUGCUAGUGACGUCGGCGGUGAUAUCGGCUCUGGCGCUGGCUGUCGCCGGAAUUACGGUUUUCCUGGAGGUGGAAGGGGCGUCGUGGGUAACCUUGGUAUCCAUGCUGGCGUACGUGGGGGCGCACGCGAUCGGUGUCGGUCCCAUCCCGUGGGGUUACCUCGGCGAACUCCUUCCAACACCAGUGAGGUCCAUGGCAGCAUCCAUAAUCACCACCUUCCACUUCUCCUCCUCCUCCANAACGUCACGGGAGAAGCCAGCGAAGGGGAAAGGAGUUGGUGGAGCCCUUGCAAAUCAUGGCAGGCUCCCCUUAUCUCAGUCACCGUCAACAAGAAUUAAUGUAUUCGGCCUGAAUCAUUCUCUACCUCUACAGAAGCAGCCUUCAUAA